CUUACUGAAUGUCCUGUCAAGGAGCCUCUUAUUGAAUACGGUAAUAGCUCUACAACCUUAUGUUAUCGUAGAACAAAAACAAUAAUUUUCGUGACGGACCUAUGUAGCCAAAACCACAGACUGUGGCCAAAUCUGUGGCCAAAACUGCCGAGCUUCAAAUAAGUUAUAGCCCGAGGCUUUCAGUCAAACGCAUUAUUUUUGUGGCGAACAAGUCAGCGAUAUAGACAUAAUAUAGCGAUAGGGGCCUAUAGCACAAUAUGUUUGUGUUCAAAAGUUGUUCGAUAAAAUUCUCCUCGCCAAAUCCCACGGGCGCUUUCCGUAGUGGCGAGAUCCUCUCGGGCGAGCUGCGACUCGAGCUUCUCAAAGAAAUCAAGAUUCAGAAAAUAUUGAUGACCGUCAAAGGCAAAGCGAAAGUUAUUUGGACCAUUUCGCGUUCAAAAAACACGCGUGUGUUUCAGGGGAAAGAGGUACUAUACCGGGUGGAAGCGGCUGUUCUCCAAAACACUGGCAGCUGGUAUGAUGAACCCACCCUGCAACCGGGAGUUCACGUAUACCCAUUCCGCUGCCAGCCACCCACUGGAAAUUUCCCAUCCACUUUUGAGGGGAAACAUGGACGCAUCGUAUAUUCAGUUGUCUUUGAGAUUCACAGACAAGAUCACAUCAAAACCAUCGAUUCAGACUUCAAGUUUGAGCGCUUGGUCAAUGUUGCAGUUCCUGAGCUUUUGAUGCCACAGUCUGAGACCAAAAGAAGGUCCCUCAGCUGCUUCUGCUGUACCGUAUCCGGGGACAUUUAUUUGGAUGUGUUUGUGGAAAAGAAAGGCUUUAUUCCUGGGGAAACUAUAAAUAUUACAGCAGAAGUUGGAAAUGGUACUUCCAAGAAUAUUGUGCUCAUAGCUACGCUAAGCAAAAUAGUGACCUACUACACUGUGGGAAAAGCUGAUAAGAAGGCUUGUCCCAAGGAGCUGGGCUAUGUCACAGGGCAGCCUAUUCAACCCAACACCUCAGCGUUUGAGUGUGAGCUCGCGGUUCCUAUCCCCGAGGACCUGAACAUCAGUCUGGGAAACUGUGAGGUGCUGGAGGUUGAGUAUUCACUCGUGGUGAAUCUGUUCGUAAAAGGAUGCCCUGCAAUGAAGGUUGUGUUCCCCAUCGUGAUUGGCAACUGUCGUCAGCAGCCUGAACUGCCUGAAGCAAACUGCUAGCCCCCUCCAUACACUGUGGCAUUAUGUUAACCCGACAAGGCAGACCAUUAAUUUUGAAUUACUUCGCAAUUCAUGAAAGGUCUGAUUACCUUUCUCU